AAAGGAGCCGCCGCCUCCCUCUUUUCUCCGCCGGUUUGAACCGUUCACCAUUCCGCCGCCCCUCCGCGACGUCACCCAUCAGUCGCCGAUGUUUUUCAGCCGGUCCACGCCACCAGCCAGCCGUCCUGUUCGUUGCUUUGAUUUUCUCCAGUUUGCCGGUUUGAUUUCAGGGAAUUCUCCUACUUUUUACUCUAUUGCAUUCUCUUGGUUAACCUCUAUCGAUUAUUGCCUAGAUAUUAUAUAAAAUCAGUUGAUGAUAAAGAAUUUUAAUUUGGGCGAUUUUCGUAGAGGUUCUUUGAUGCAAUAGAUGAUUGAGAAUGAUGUUGUGAUGGUGAAAUUGUCGAUUGCACAUGGAAUACAUAUUUGAGAUUUAUGUUUAGUGUCGGGUAUAAUUGCUAGUGCAAAUGUUUUGUGGAAUUUAUUGAAGAAUUUUAAUUUUAUUGUUGAACUUUUUUGCGUGAAGGCACGAUGGGCGAGGUGCAAGAGUUGGAUCCCUCCUAUUGCCCCAACCAAUGCGAGUCUCGGAUCUCUUUCUCAGUGGCCGGUCGCCCCCACCUAUACCAGGGAACCAACGGUAGCUGCCUCUUGCCCGAGACGACGACGUCCACUGCACACCUGCGGCGCCUCAUUGAUCGCCAUUGCUCACAAAACAUGCAAAAAGAUGCAAGAAGAUUUUGAGAAGGGGCCAUUGGGAUCAUGGAUAUGGAUGUUGGGUGGUGCUUUCUCAAUUUUAAAUUUGAUGGCCCCAUUUUUAUAUGGCCUGCUAUGUAAUUGGUUAGCAUUGCUAACUUUCAUCGAUGACAAUAUCAUCCUCUCAAUCGAAACCCUGGUUGAGGCCAUAUUCCCUCCAUCAAAAGCAGUGUUUGACAAGAUCGAUGGCCUUGUCUGCACUGCCGAAUCUUUACCGGAACAUUUCGAUGGUUUGAUUAGAAACUUCCCUAUGAUCAUCCACAACAAGCUCCCAUUCCUCGAUUGGAUUCUGGUGCAUCUCAUUUCAUGGCUCAACUCUCUCCUUUCGGUCCUCAACUAUUGGGGAUCGAAGAACUGCACCACCAGGGAAAAGGAGAUAACCAUCGAUGUUUACUGCAGCGAUAGAAGAUUAGCACCGGACAGGAAAACUACUCAUCAGGUCGAGCAACCACCGGAUCCUGAAAGGGAUCAUAAUCAGAUCAUCCAUUCAUCAAAUCUUGAAGUGAGUGACUGUGACAAAGCAGUCAUCCUGAAAUCGGUAGACAGAUUAAUUUCAUCAAAGAAUGAAGAUGAGGAGGAGGAGGAGGAGGAGCCGCACCAUUAUUAUUCCUACGAGUCUGCAAAUUCGUCUCCGUUUUCCGAUUGCACACAGGAAGAAACAAAAGCAACAUUCAGCCCAAUAGUGAGCAGGUCAGAUGCUACAAAUUGCUGCAGCACUUACAAAGACAUUCUUAAGAAAGGAACCACAGAAGAAGAACCAGGCGAAACUGGAAAUUAAUUAAUUAAGAAAGAAAGAAACUCCACCGGUUGGGCCAUGAUUAAUUAAAGAGAAGCCUCGAGAUAUAUAUAUAUAUAUAGAGAGAGAGAGAGAGAGAGAGGAGGAAUUGCGAUAAGUUUUGCAAGUAUAUAUCUGGAUUCUAGUUGAUGGCUUGUUUCUUCAGAACUUCUGGAUUUGUGUAUAUAUAUUAUAAA